AUGUUACCUCUUGUGCCCUUACUGGAUGCUACCAAAGCAUUGAAUGAAAAGCCUUUUAUUGGCUUAUCGAAAUUGUUAGUCUUAGAUGGACUAACUCUAACUAAAGAAGAAAUUCAGGAUUUCACCGAUAAGCAAGAAGCUUUUGGUCAAAGGGUGUCCGUUCUUGUAGGAAAGAACAAAUUCAGCGAUGAUGACUUAAUUUCAUUGUUGAAUAAUGGUAUUUCUACCCUAUUCGUCGAAGAUUUAGAAUACGCUAACCAUUUGUUAGAAAUUGGCAUUCCAGAUAUCAGAUUGUCUUUGUUCAAAGAAAACGCCUUCCGAGUAAAAUUCGGCCAAGUACAAGAAGUUUCUUGGAGCCAACUAGUUAAGGUUUCUGAAAUUACAAAACAAAGCUUUACUAAUGCCAUUUUGAAAGGUUUGAAAACUGAUCGUUCUGAUGGAUUGUACACAACUUUAGUUGUUGAUGAAAAUGAGCGAUCUCUAGGAUUGGUUUAUUCUAGCAAAGAAUCCAUUGCACAGGCUGUUGAAAGCCAAACAGGUGUAUACUUUUCUCGCUCACGUAAUGAAAUUUGGCGCAAAGGUGCCACUUCCGGUAAUGUUCAACAGUUACUCUCUAUUGACUUGGAUUGUGAUGGCGACGCUUUGAAAUUUGUCGUAAGACAAGGUGGGUCUGGUUCUUUCUGUCACUUAAACACUCAAUCAUGCUUUGGUGAUUUCAAGAAUGGGCUGUACGGUCUUCAAAAGCUUUUACAGGAUAGACUUGUAAAUGCCCCAGAAGGUUCAUACACUAAAAGACUUUUCAACGAUCCUGAUUUAUUAGAUGCGAAGAUUAAAGAAGAGGCAGAAGAAGUCACUGAAGCUAAAGAAAAAAAAGAUAUUGCAUGGGAAUGUGCUGAUCUAUUCUACUUCACCCUAGUUAAGCUAGUUGCGAGUGGUGUUUCGUUGGAGGAUGUGGAAAAUAAUUUGAACAUGAAGCAUUUGAAAGUUACCAGAAGAAAAGGUGAUGCAAAGCCAAAGUUCAUCAAAAAGGAAGAGCCUAUCACUGAAACUCCAUAUGAAACUUCUGAGGAGGAAAAAAUAUUCCUAAAUGUUGUUUCAUCUUCCAAUAAAGCUGCUGUUGAGCAAGCAGUUACCAGACCAAUUCAAAAGACUGCAGAGAUCAUGAACUUAGUUAAACCAAUCAUUGAUAAUGUUGUUAAAAAUGGGGAUAAGGCUUUGAUUGAACUAACGGCAAAAUUCGACGGUGUUGACUUAAAGUCACCAGUCUUAGAAGCUCCUUUCCCACCAGAAUAUCUAGAGGGCUUAACAGACGAAUUGAGGGAGGCAUUGGAUUUGUCAAUUGAAAACGUCAGAAAGUUCCAUGCCGCACAAAUGCAAACUGAAACACUAGAAGUUGAAACCCAACCUGGCGUUGUGUGCUCUAGAUUUCCAAGACCAAUUGAAAAAGUGGGUCUGUAUAUUCCUGGUGGUACAGCUAUCUUACCUAGUACUGCUUUAAUGUUAGGUGUGCCCGCCCAAGUUGCUGGUUGUAAAGAGAUUGUGUUUGCGUCUCCUCCUAGAAAGUCUGAUGGAAGAGUUUCUCCUGAAGUGGUCUAUGUUGCUAGUAAAGUUGGUGCUUCAAAGAUUGUCUUAGCUGGUGGUGCACAAGCUGUGGCAGCUAUGGCCUAUGGAACUGAAACCGUUCCUAAAGUUGAUAAAAUUCUUGGCCCCGGUAACCAGUUCGUUACUGCAGCCAAAAUGCACAUUCAGAAUGACACCCAAGCAUUGUGCUCCAUUGAUAUGCCUGCUGGUCCAAGUGAAGUUUUGGUUAUUUGUGAUGAAGAAGCUGAUGUUGAUUAUGUGGCUUCUGACCUGUUAUCUCAAGCUGAACAUGGUAUUGAUUCUCAAGUUAUUUUGGUCGGUGUUUCUUUAUCCGAAACUAAGAUAGAAGCUCUACAGAAUGCGGUUCAUGAGCAGGCAAUGAAGCUUCCAAGAGUCGACAUCGUCCGUAAGUGCAUUGCUCACAGCUCCAUUAUCCUAUGUGAAUCAUACGAAGAUGCUUUCAAGAUGUCUAAUCAAUACGCACCCGAACAUUUGAUUCUACAAAUUUCUAAUGCUCAAGAUUAUGUAAAACUUGUUGAUCAUGCAGGUUCAGUCUUUGUUGGAGCGUACACUCCAGAAUCUUGUGGUGAUUACUCCAGUGGUACAAACCACACAUUGCCAACAUAUGGUUAUGCAAGACAAUACAGUGGUGUUAAUACUUCGACAUUCCAGAAGUUUAUCACCUCUCAAUCAGUUUCUCCUACUGGUCUAGAAAAUAUUGGUCGUGCAGUAAUGAGUAUUGCCGCUGUUGAAGGAUUGGAUGCCCACAGAAACGCGGUUAAGAUCAGAAUGACAAAAUUAGGACUUUUACCACCUAAUUUUGAAUAA